UUGGGGUCAACAUCUAGUUAAUCACAUGUCAUGUGAUAUAUUCUAUGUGUAUGAUCUCGUCAUGUACACAUAUAUUUAUCACUUUUUACUUUCAUUUUAAAACAUAUUUUACAAUCCACUAACGGUAUCAUGACCGUUUAUACAAAAAAGGCUUAUAGAUAUGGCUAAUUAACUACAUUGGCCGUGACUUGUAUUGUAUACAAUCGAACGAUUGCAAGAUUGCUCAAGCCCACGAACCGUUGAGUAAAUUUUGGACGUACUUAUUGUUGUUCACCCAAAAAGAAAAUAAAUUUAUACCAAGAAUAAUACUUAUAUACAAAUAUAUGAUAAAUAUGUGCAAAAAUGUUAUCGUUGAUACAACGACCGUUGCUCCUAAAAAUUCGAUAUCAACCAUGUGUGAACCUAAUGAUUGGAAAUGUAAACUCUUUUAUCAAUCAUAAAAAGAAUUCUUAUCAUAUAGAUCGCACAUGUACUUAAUUGUACCAUAGACUCCAAUAACUAACCAAUCAUGCUAUCUCUAUAUAUAUACCAUGCAUGAUGCAUCAAAAUCAAUCCAAAUACAAACUCAAAACUCACAUAUAAGAAAUGACAAAACCAGCUAUAACAUUUCCCCUUCUCUUCACACUUCUCACCUUCAUCGAUGUCUCGAGCACCGCCUCCAACGUUUUCAACGUCGUUAGCUUCGGGGCCAAACCGGACGGAGUCACCGAUUCUACCGCAGCAUUCCUCAAGGCAUGGCAACGGGCUUGUGGCUCGGCAUCUUCAGCCACGGUGGUGGUUCCCAACGGGACAUUUCUAUUGAAGGUAAUAACGUUUGGAGGGCCAUGCAAGAGCAAAAUCACAUUUCAAGUGACCGGAACCGUCGUUGCUCCGGAAGAUUACAGGACCUUUGGCAAUUCCGGUUACUGGAUUCUCUUCAACAAGGUUAACAGAUUCUCACUGGUCGGUGGGACUUUCGACGCUCGAGCUAAUGGGUUCUGGUCUUGCCGGAAAUCUGGUCAGAAUUGUCCUCCCGGUGUUAGGUCAAUAUCGUUCAACUCGGCAAAAGACGUGAUCAUAAGUGGAGUGAAAUCGAUGAACAGCCAGGUCAGCCAUAUGACCCUCAACGGUUGCACCAAUGUAGUCGUCCGUAACGUCAAGCUAGUGGCUCCCGGAAACAGCCCAAACACCGACGGUUUCCACGUCCAGCUCUCCACCGGAGUCACAUUCACCGGAAGCACCGUUCAGACCGGAGACGAUUGUGUAGCUAUCGGCCCUGGUACCCGCAACUUCCUCAUCACCAAACUUGCUUGUGGCCCAGGUCACGGGGUUAGCAUUGGGAGCUUGGCGAAGGAACUGAACGAAGACGGAGUAGAGAACGUGACAGUAUCGAGUUCGGUAUUCACCGGAUCACAAAACGGCGUGAGAAUAAAGUCAUGGGCGAGGCCGAGCACCGGAUUCGUUAGAAACGUCUUCUUCCAAGACCUAGUCAUGAAGAACGUCGAAAACCCAAUCAUAAUCGACCAAAACUAUUGUCCUACUCACGAAGGUUGCCCUAAUGAGUAUUCUGGGGUGAAGAUAAGCCAAGUGACAUAUAAGAACAUACAAGGAACGUCGGCGACACAGGAAGCAAUGAAGCUGGUGUGUAGCAAGAGCAGUCCAUGCACAGGAAUCACAUUACAGGACAUUAAGCUUAUUUACAACAAAGGAACUCCUGCUACGUCCUUGUGUUUCAAUGCUGUUGGGAAAAGUCUUGGUGUUAUUCAACCUACUAGUUGUCUAAACCGAUGAUAUCAUUAAUAUCUUGAUGUAAAUUUAUUUGUUGUAAGAUGAAAUGGUAAAUUGUUAUUAGGGGAUUUGACCUUGCAUCUUUUAAUUGUAAUGUUACCGUGACGAUUAUAAGAUUAAUUAGAACGGUGAUCCAAAUAAUUUUGGGAUAUCAACCGGUUUGAGAGUACCAAAGGUUCUUGUUUCUGUAUCAAAUUGAUCACCUUUAAAAAAAAAAUUCUCUGUAACACACAAAUUAUUUAAUUUUUUUUUUCAUUAAUAAAAUACUGUUUUUAAUAACUAAGAAAAUGGAAGACUUUGGUCAUAACAACAUUGUACUUCUUUGUAUUUUUUUUUUCUUUGGUCAGCAGAGAGCUUGUUUUAAAAGCAAAAUAUAAGACAAAUCUAGAAGAAAUUGAAUAAAAAG